CACACACCAACUCAGAUACCAAAAUGGUUUCUUCUCCUGCUUUGUUUCUCGGUCUUAUGUUUCUGUUGACACCAUUGUUGCUCCUUUCAUCCUCAUCUCAAGGGCUAGAGUUUCAUGUUGGUGGUUGGGAUCUCAAACCUUUUGAUUACUACAAUCAUUGGGCCCAGAGAAACAGGUUUCAAGUCAAUGACACUCUCAAUUUCAAGUACAAUAAAAAAAGUGAUUCAGUUCUUGUGGUGAAGAAGGAAGACUAUGAUUCCUGCAACAUCAACCAUCCAAAACAAAAGAUGGACGAUGGAGAUUCGAGAUUCAAGCUCGGUGAUUCGGGUCCGUAUUUUUUCAUCACUGGCAAUAUUGAUCAUUGUAAACAAGGUCAAAAACUUAUUGUUUUAGUCAUGGCAGUUAGACACCGUAACCCUCCUCCUACCGUGGUUGCAGCGCCGUCUCCCAUAAGUGGCUUGUCGCCACCUCUGAUUCACAAGUCCGCUUUGGAUGCUCCGGCGCCGUCUCCUUCGAAAGCAAGUUCGGUGGGUUUUGGUGUUGUGGUUUGGGUUGGUUUGAUGGUUAGUGGGUUUGUUUAUUAGUCUUUGUUGCAAUGCAAUGAGAAUUGAUAU